UGGUAUGCAGACUAGCGUACCUACCAUUACAGGGUCUCAAAAAAUAAAGUGCACAAUUAUUCAGUCAAAAACAGAAAAGAAAAAGGAAAGAACAUAUACACCUGCAGCCAUCUGCAAAGCCAUCACAAUUUUAUUUACAUUUCUUUUCUGCAUGCUUUACACAUUGUGGAGUUGUGCACUAUGUCAAGCUAUAAAGAGGCCGGAGUAGAAGAGUUGUGUGGCUUCUCUUUGUCUUUGCUGAAUUAGUUGAGCUCUGGGUGUUUGUUUGUUUCAGCUCGUGUGUGAGUAGUGUGACAGACAGAGCAGGAAGAAGACGACGCAGCAGCCGCCGCCAUGGGAGGGGAGAAGGAGAAGCAGAGGGACGGCGAGAAGAACAAGUAUGCCGUGGCGUGCUCCAUCAUCGCCUCCAUCAUCUCCGUCCUCAUGGGCUAUGAUACGGGUGUGAUGAGCGGGGCGAUGCUGUUCAUCAAGGAGGACCUGAAGACGAACGACACGCAGGUGCAGCUCCUCGCCGGCAUCCUCAACGUGUGCGCGCUCGUCGGCUCGCUCACCGCCGGCCGCGUCUCCGACCACGUCGGCCGCCGCCUCACCAUCUCCCUCGCCGCCUGCAUCUUCCUCGCGGGCUCCGUCCUCAUGGGCCUCGCGCCCAACUUCGGCACGCUGCUCGCGGGCCGCUGCGUCGCCGGGGUCGGCGUCGGCUACGCGCUCAUGAUCGCGCCGGUGUACGCCGCCGAGAUCGCGUCCGCCGAGAUCCGCGGCUCGCUGACGUCGCUCCCGGAGAUCUGCAUCAGCUUCGGCAUCCUCAUCGGGUACGUCGCCAACUACCUGCUCGCCAAGCUGCCGCUGGUGUACGGGUGGCGCGCCAUGCUCGGCCUCGGCGCGGUCCCGAGCGCCGCCCUGGCGCUCGGCGUGCUCGCCAUGCCGGAGUCGCCGCGGUGGCUCGUCGUCCAGGGGCGCGCCGAGGAGGCGCUCGCCGUGCUCCGCCGCGUGUGCGGCAAGCCCAGCGAGGCCGACGUGCGGCUCGCGGAGAUCAAGGCCGCGGCUGGGCUCUCCGAGUCCGAGGACGGCGUCGCCGCGCCGGGCAGCGGCGGCAAAGGCGUGUGGAGGGAGCUGUUCCUGCACCCGACGCCGCCGGUCCGGCGCAUCCUCGUCGCCGCCCUGGGCGUGCACUUCUUCCAGCACCUCACCGGCAUCGAGGCCGUGGUGCUGUACAGCCCGCGCAUCUUCAAGGCCGCCGGCAUCGCCACCCGCAACGAGGUGCUCGCGGCGACCAUCGGCGUGGGCGUCACCAAGACGGCGUUCAUCCUGACGGCCAUCCUCCUCGUGGACCGCGUCGGCCGGCGGCCGCUCUACCUAUCAAGCCUCGCGGGCAUCAUCGCCUCCCUCGCCGGCCUCGGCCUGGGCCUCACCGUCGUCGAGCGCUCGGCGCCGCACCACUCGCCGGCGUGGGCCGUCGCGCUCGCCAUCGCCACCGUGUUCACCUUCGUGGCGUCCUUCUCCGUGGGCGUGGGGCCGAUCACGUGGGCCUACAGCUCGGAGGUGUACCCCCUCCGGCUCCGGGCGCAGGGCGCCAGCGUCGGGGUGGCCAUCAACCGCGUCAUGAACGCCGCCGUGUCCAUGACCUUCGUGUCCCUCUACAAGGCCAUCACCAUCGGCGGCGCCUUCUUCCUCUUCGCCGGGCUCGCCGUCGCCGCCGCCGCCUUCUUCUACCUCCUCUGCCCGGAGACGCAGGGGCGGCCACUCGAAGAGAUCGAGGAGGUGUUUAGCCAGGGGUGGGGCGCGCGUCGCCGGACGUCGGCGGCGGCCGUGGAGCUGCCAGCCUCCAACUCCGGCUGCGGCGGCGCCAUGACGGCGUAGUGCGACGAUGUGUACGUGCAGCACAGUGCGCGCGCGCGUGCAUGAGAUAACAGCGGUGUCCGUGAGUUCGGAAAAGAACGAACGUUCGCUAGUUAGAGAUGGAAGUGGAACGUCCAUUGCAAACGAGCUCGCGGUUGAAACUAGCCACGAACAGCGACGUCUCAGUGUGAGAGCACCUAUAUGCGUAUUGACUCCUCGAAUGCAUGCUUAGUGGAUUAUGAUUUUGCAACUGUAAAUAAUAAAAAAAAAUAUCUUAUAGCA